AUGAAGAAAUAUAUUGAGAAAAAUAUUCGUAAAUGCAAAAUAGCCAAGGCAAAUGGGGAUGAGUUUGGAGUUGUGUAUUAUAAGCUAAAAAAUAAUGCAAUCUUUAGCAAGCAGAUGGAAAAUGUUUGUAAACAUAUGAGAGUAGAAUUACUCCGAAGAAAUAAGGAUAAAAAAAUCAGAUGCCUAGCAAGUUCACUAUUAUAUGUAGGCUUUAAAGCAUUUGAAGAGGAUAUUAUAGCAGUUCACAUAUUAAAAAGCAUAGUAACUCUAAACAAACCAAUCUAUGUAGAGCAGGCAAUUCUCGAUAUUAGCAAGACCAUGAUGUUUAACUUUUGGUACAAUGACAUCUAUAAAGAUCAAGCAGAGAGGCCAGACAUUUUUGAUCUUAACUAUUUAGACGAUUUAUUUCUAAUGAAGAAUAAGACAAAGGGCAUACUUAUAAGAGAAACAGUAUGUUUAAAGCCAAAGAUAUACUCAGUUCUUCCAGCGGGACAUGAUCCUAAAACUCCUGAUAACCCAGAUUCUAAAGACCCUAAAAAGAAGCAUAGUAUCCAAAAGGCAAAGAGUAUAAAGAAAAGUGUGAUCAAAAGAGAGCUUUGA